AUGGCCAUCUUUCUCACUGGAGGGGUUGGCAAGACGUCAAGCCGUGUCGCCUCGCGGCUCCAGGAUGCGAAGAUCCCUUUCGUCCUUGGCUCUCGCAGGGGUGCCUCUGCGGCUCCGGCUGGCAUGAAUGCCGUCAAAUUUGACUGGUUGGAUGAUUCGACAUAUAAGAAUGCCUUCGAGCAUAAGUUCCCCAAUGGAGAGGCCAUCAGAGCCAUCUACCUGGUUGCGCCAGACGUCGAGGAUGUUGCCCCGGUCAUGAACGCAUACAUUGACUACUGCGUCAAGGAGCAAGGUGUCAAGAGAUUUGUCUUGAUGGCUGGAAGCUCAGCCGAGCCUGGUGGGUGGCAUACCGGAAAAGUGUGGCAGCACUUGCUCGACAUUGGCGUUGAAUACGCUGUUCUGCGUCCGUCCUGGUUCAUGGAGAACAUGUCCGAGGGCUGGUCGCAGGCGUCCGUUAAAAGCGGGAUGCUCGUCACUGCUUGCGGAGACGGAAAGAUUCCCUUUAUCAGUGCUGAGGACAUCGCCGCUGUUGUCUUCCACACGCUCACGGACGAGAAACCACACAACACCUCCUAUCGACUACUGGGGCCUGAGCUGCUGACACAUGACGAUAUCGCGAAGAAGCUGAGCAAGUUGCUCGGACGUGAGAUCGCCAAUUUGAAGCUCACUGGUGAAGAGAGGAGGAAGGGGCUGAAGGAACACGGAAUGGCUGAGCACUUCGCUGAUUUCGUCACGGAACUUGAACUAAUGACAUCGAGGGGGGAAGAAGAAUUUGAGGGGAACGAUGUGGAGAAGGUCACUGGCCGGCCUCCUCAAAGCUUUGACGAAUUUGCACGAAGGAACAGAGCAGCAUGGGUGUGA